GGGCCGAAUCUACGUAUGGGGACCUUUGGAGGGCCUCUUCUGCUCUCCCUGAACCCCCACCGGCCCCUGCCUCUCUUCUCAGCUGAGGUCCUGGCCAGCUACCACCCCAAGAGGGCCCCUAACACCACCCCACACAUAUUGGCCAUCGCCGCAUCAGCCUACGAUCGCCUGUCUCGGAGCUCUGGGCAGGGCACAUGCAUUCUCCUCGGUGGGCACAGUGGCUCAGGGAAGACAGAAGCUGCCAGAAAGAUUGUACAGUUCCUAAGCAGCCUGGAGCAGGAGCAGACAAGGGACCGAAGAUGUCACCUGGAUGGUGUCCUGCCCGUGCUCAGCAGCUUCGGCCACGCCAAGACAGUCCUCAAUGCCAACGCCAGCCGCUUUGGCCAGGUCUUCUGUCUCUGCGUGCAGAAUGGGGUCAUCGUGGGAGCCUCUGUGUCCCAUUAUCUGCUCGAGACCUCAAGGGUGGUGUUUCAGGCCCAGGCUGAGCGGAGCUUCCAUGUUUUUUACGAGCUGCUGGCGGGGCUGGACCCUGCAGAACGGGAGAAGCUCUCCCUGCAGGGGCCAGAGACCUACUCCUACCUCAACCAGGGCCAGGCCUGCUGUCUCCAGGGCAAGGAUGAUGCUCGGGACUUCGAAGGACUCCGGAAGGCCCUGCAGGUCCUGUGCCCCGAGGAGGUGACCGCCGCCUGGGCCGUGCUGGCCGCCGUCCUGCACCUGGGCAACAUUUGCUUCUCGUCUUCAGAGCGGGAGUCCCAGGAGGUGGCUGCCGUGUCCAGCUGGGCCGAGAUCCACGCGGCAGCCCGGCUGCUACUGGUGCCACCCGAGUGCCUGGAGGGGGCUGUCACCAGGAGGGUCACGGAGACCCCGUAUGGCUGGGUCUGCAGGUCUCUGCCGGUGGAGAGCGCCGUUGAUGCCAGGGACGCCCUGGCCAAGGCCCUGUAUUCCCGGCUUUUCACCUGGCUUCUGGAGAGGAGCAACGUGCAGCUGGCGGCUCCUGGGGAGGGAGAGCACGUGGACACCAUCACUGUCGUGGACGUCUACGGCUUUGAGGCCCUGCGGGUGAACGGGCUGGAGCAGCUGUGCAAUAACCUUGCCAGCGAGCGACUGCAGCUCUUCUCCAGCCGGCUGCUGUGGGCGCAGGAGGAGGAGGCCUGUCGGCGGGAGCUGCUGGCCUGGGUGCCCGUUCCCCAGCCUCUGUGGGACACCUGUCUGGACCUCCUCGUAGACCAGCCCCACAGCCUCCUGAGGCUCCUGGAUGCCCAGACGUGGCUGCCCCAGGCCACAGACCACACCUUCCUUCAGAAGUGUCAUUACCACCACGGCAGUCACCCCUGCUACUCCAAGCCCCAGCUGCCCCUUCCUAUCUUCACCGUGAGGCAUUGCGCUGGGACUGUCACCUACCAGGUUCACAAGUUUGUAAACAGAAACCGGGAUCAUCUUGACCCUGCCGUGGUGGCGAUGCUUGCCCAGAGCCAGCUCCAGCUGGUGGGCAGCCUGUUCCGGGAAGCAGAGUCCCAGUCCACGGCCGGGCCGGACAAGCCCACACUGGCCUCUCGCUUCCAGCAUUCCCUGGAGGACCUCCUGGCCCGGCUGGGCAGGAGCCAUGUCUAUUUCAUUCAGUGCCUCAACCCCAACCUGGGAAAGCUUCCAGGCCUCUUUGAUGUGGGACACGUGGCAGAGCAGCUGCACCAGGCGGGCAUCCUGGAGGCAGUACGUACCCGCAGUGCCAACUUCCCCGUGCGCCUGCCCUUCCAGGCCUUCCUGGCCAGGUUCCGGGCUCUGGAGACGGAGGCGCAGGGAGAGUCCUCUGACCGUGAGAGGUGUGGCGCCAUCCUGAGUCACGUGCUGGGGGCCGAGUCACCCCUCUGUCACCUCGGAGCCACCCAGGUUCUGCUGCGGGAGCCAGGCUGGCAGCAGUUGGAGCAGCACCGGGCCCAGCGACGCUCCCAGGCCCUGCUCGCCCUGCACGGCAGCCUGCGCACCUGCAUCUCCCGUCAGCGCCUCAGCCGCCUCCUCCUGCCGCGGAUGCAGGCUCGCGUGCGAGGGCUCCAGGCCAGGAAGCGGUACCUCCGACGGCGGGCGGCUCUGGGACGGCUGAGCACCGUCCUGCUGGUGGCCCGGCCUCUGCUCCGGAGGCGACAGAGAUUGCAGCAGCUUGGGCAUCGGCGAGGCCAACACAGCGGCCCGGCCUCCAGGACAGCACCAGGCAUGGAGCUGGGGCGCUUGGAGAUCCCGGCUGAGGUGGCCGUCUUGCUGAAGACCGCAGAAGGCCAUCACCAUGCCUUGGAUGGGAGCAUCACCGAGUCCAUGCCCCCUGAAGUUCCUGCCCGGACCAGCCUGAGCCUCCCGCCCGACAUCGACCAGUUCCCGUUCUCCAGCUUCAUCUCCACUAACUUUCAGGAGCCGGCCCUGCCCAGCCCCGGGCAGCUGCUGGCAGAGCCCCUGACCCGGCUGCACGGGGAGAACCCGCAGCAUGCGCUGGAUAUCAACAAGGUGAUGCUGCGGCUCCUGGGGGAUGGGUCCCUGCUGCCCUGGCAGGAGCAGAGCAUGGGCGAGUACCUGGUGCGGCAGGGCCAGCGCCGGCCAGGGCUGAGGGAUGAGAUCUUCAGCCAGCUUGUGGCCCAGAUCUGGCACAAUCCGGACGAGCAGCAGACCCAGCGCAGCUGGGCCCUCAUGGCCAUCCUGCUCAGCGCCUUUCCCCCCAUGCCCCCCCUGCAGAAGCCACUGCUGAAAUUUGUGUCCGACCAGGCCCCCACCGGCAUGGCAGCGCUGUGCCAGCACAAGCUGCUGGGGGCCCUGGAGCAGGCGCACCUGGCUCCUGGAAUGGCACGGGCGCACCCCCCGACCCAGCUCGAGUGGACGGCUGGCCGGCGGCGGGGCCGCAUGGCUCUGGACAUCUUUACCUUCAAUGAGGAGUGCUACUCCGCCGAGGUGGAGUCCUGGACCACGGGGGAGCAGUUCGCCGGGUGGAUUCUGCAGAGCAGAGGACUGGAGCUGCCCCCCCGUGGCUGGUCCGUGUCACUGCACUCUGGGGACUCCUGGCAGGAUUUGGUUGGCUGUGACUUCGUGCUGGACCUCAUCGGCCAGACUGAGGACCUGGGGGACCCAGUCAGUCCCCACAGCUACCCCAUUGCCCCCCGUGGCUUACUGGACACCACCCCCAUCCAAGGCACCCCCUUAGCUGGGCCCACUGUCUCCCACAGAGACGAGGACAUCCCCCCUGCCCCUGGCAUCCAGGCCCCCUCACUGCCAGAUCCACCUCCAGGGCCAGCCCCCGCACUACCCAGCAGGAUCCAGUCAGGGGAGUCUCAGAACUCAGGGAACCUGGAUGGCUUCCUGGACCACCUCUUCCAGCCAGUCCUCUCUCCGGGUCACAGGGAUCUGGAGCAAGCCUGGGCUCUGAGCAGCCGCAUGAAGGGAGGGGGCGCCGUGGGGCCCAUGCAGCAAGGCAGCUACCCCAUGGUUUACCCAGGGAUGAUGCAGAUGCCUGGAUACCAGCCGGCCAUGGUGCCUGCCCCUGUGCCCAUGAUGCCAGCAAUGGGCGCAGUCCCUGCCAUGCCAGCCAUGGUGAUGCCACCGCAGCCGCCGCCGGCACCGCAGCCCCUGCUUCCCAGUGUGGACCCGAGGCAGCUGGCCGCCCAGCAGCAGAGCUUCAUCAACCAGCAGGCGCUCCUCCUGGCCCAGCAGAUGACCACCCAGGCCAUGACCUUGUCGCUGGAACAGCAGACACAGCGGCGCUGGCGCCAGGCUCAGCCUCAGGCCCAGGCCCCUGGAGCUGCUUCCCCGACCUCACCCCCACCUGUCGCCCCCAAGCCUAAGAAGCCCCUGGCCCUGCAGCGGGAGCCAGAGCGGGAGGUGGAAUCGGAGACCUCACAGGAGCCCCGAGAGAAGCCCCAGCGGCCCAAGAGCUUCAAGCAGAAACAGGACUAUUUCCAGAAGAUGGGGCAGCAGCAGAUCACGGUGAAGACAGCGAAGCGUCCGCCCAAGGUGCAGAUCUCCCAGGAUGAGGAGCAGGACGAGGAGAAACCGAGAGUGCCCUCACCCCCUCCUCCCCGCGUAGUGACGAGUGCCCCGACACAAGGUAGGGUCAAAGCUGCGCAAGAGGCGGAGGCCAAGCCAGCGGCCCAGAGGGCAGGGCCCGGUGGUCACCCUGUGCCAGCGCCCCACCAGCGGGCUGAGCCGAGCCGGGAGAUCCGGAACAUUAUCCGCAUGUACCAGAGCCGCCCGGGCCCCGUGCCCAUGCCUGUGCAGCCGGCCAGGAAGCCCCCGAAAAACUUCCUGAAGAAGAACAACCCCAAGGACGAGGCUCUGGCUAAGUUGGGGAUCAGCGACGCCCACGCACCUGUGUCGACGCCGUCCCCCAGCCCUGGGAGGGGCCCCGCACCAGCCGUGGCCCCUCGACCCAAGUUCCCACCACAGUUCAGGCCCUCCAGCUCCGACAAGGACAGCCAGGGUCUCUCUGACGAGACUCCACCUGCCCCCCAGUCACCCUCACCUCCACCAGCACCCCCGCUGCCUCCACCUGAGGAACCAGACAGCCCUUUAGCUGGGCCCCACAGCUGGAUGGAGCCCAUGGAGGACCAGGGAGUCUCCACGCAGCUGCUCGUGCCCUCCGGCAGCGUGUGCUUCUCCUACCUCAACCCGUCCUGGAGGUUGUUCCUGCGCAAGGAGGUGUUCUACCCCCGGGAGAACUUCAGCCACCCCUACUGCCUCAGACUCCUCUGUGAGCAGAUCCUGAAGGACACCUUUGCCGAGUCCUGUGUCCGAAUAUCCCAAGAGGAGCGGAGCAAAAUGAAAGAGCUGCUGGGACACCUGGAGGUUGGCCUGGAGUCGCUCAGCACCACGGAGGACAGUGUUAAGAAGCGCAUCAUGGUGGCCGCUAGGGACAAGUGGGCCAAUUACUUCUCCCGAAUUUUCCCUGUCUCGGGCGAGAGUGGCAGUGACGUGCAGCUGCUGGGCGUGUCCCACCGGGGGCUGAGACUGCUCAAGAUGACCAAAGGCCCCAGCCUCCACCCCAGCCAGCUGAAGACUCUGUGCUCGUACAGCUUCGCUGAGCUGCUGGGCGUGGAGUGCCUGGGCCGCUCGACUCUGGAGCUGACCCUGAAGAGCGAGCAGCUGGUCUUGCACACGGCCCGAGCGAGCGCCAUCAAGGCCAUGAUCGAGCUGUUCCUGAGUGAGCUCAAGAAGGACUCCGGCUACGUCAUCGCCCUGCGAAGCUACAUCACGGAUGACCACAGCCUCCUCAGCUUCCACCGUGGGGACCUCAUCAAGCUGUUGCCAGUGGCCACGCUGGAGCCCGGCUGGCAGUUUGGCUCCACCGGGGGCCGUUCCGGACUCUUUCCUGCCGACAUAGUUCAGCCGGCUGCCGCCCCUGACUCUUCCUUCUCACCAGAGAGGAGUGGCCGGCGCAAGAGUCGGCUGCAGCCCCGAGAGCCGGGGCUGGCUCAGUGGGAGAGGGCAGCGGAGCACGAUGCCCGUCCCCCGAGCCAAGCACGCAGCGAUGACUCUGUAGCCUACAUCUCUCCGUCUGUGGACUCCCACAACUACACCAUGCAGGAAUUUGCCCUCUACUACUUCCGGAAGCCCCAGACCUUGCCAGAUGAUACCCACGGAGAUGCUGAGGAGGAGGCCAUGGCCAGCCUGGUGCAGUACACCAAGGCUCCCAUACAAGAAUCGCUUAUCAGCCUCAGCGAUGAGGACGCCAACAGGCAGGCUGUGGAAAUCUUCCAGACUCUGAUGCGGUUCAUGGGAGACCUGUCUAAGCCCCGGGGCAAGAAUGAGAUGGAGCUCCUUUACGACCUGCUGAGGCCGUGCCGGGAGAACAAGAACCUCAGAGAUGAGAUUUAUUGCCAAGUCAUCAAGCAGGUGACCAGACAUCCUCAGCCCGAACACUGUGUCCGCGGCUGGAGCUUCCUCAGCCUCCUGACCGGCAUCUUCCCCCCGUCAGCCACGCUGAUGCCCUACGUGACCAAGUUUCUGCAGGACUCAGGCCCAAGCCAAGAGCUGGCCCGGAGAAGCCAAGAGCACCUCCAGCGCACAGUCAAAUACGGGGGCCGCUCGCGGCUGCCCUCCCCAGGCGAAACUCAGGCUUUCCUGAAAGGGCAAGAAGUCCGCUCGCUUCUGGUUCGCCUGCCAGGGGGGAUGGACUACAAAACCAGUAUCCGGACUUUCACGGUGGCAGCGGAUGUGCUGGAGGACCUGUGUCAGCAAAUGGGCAUCACAGACCCCUGCGAAGUGCAGGAAUUCGCCCUCUUCCUCAUCAAAAGGGAAGGCGAGCUGGUGCGGCCCCUGUGGCCCCAUGAGUACCUCAACAGCGUGGUGGAUCAGGACGUGAGCCUGCACAGCCGGCGGCUCAGCUGGGAGACGCCACUGCACUUCGAGAAUCCCACCUACACCACUACCCACUACAUGCAGGUGCUGCGGGACUACCUGCAGGGGAAGCUGCUGGUGACCCCCCAGGCUAGCGCUCAGCUCGCCAGGCUGGCCGCCCUGCAGCACUGCAGCACGGCCCAAGGGGACCCCCUGGCUGAGCGAGACCUGCUGGACUACUUGCCAAAGCCACUGCGGUCGCAAGUGAACGUGUCCACCGUGAAGAACUUGAUGUACCAGGAGCUGAGGCAGCUGCGAGGCUGCAGCUCCCAAGAAGCCCAGAUCAGCUUCAUUGAGGCUGUGAGCCGCCUGCCCCUGUUUGGCUACACUGUCUAUGUGGUGCUGCGGGUGAGUCAACUGGCCCUGCCUGGACCCAGCCUCCUGGGCCUGAACCGCCAGCAUCUCAUCCUCCUGGACCCCUUCAACCAGAAACCGUACUGCUCCAUCGCCCUGAAGGACCUGCACCAGCUCCACCUGCUGAGCCCCCUGGAGAAGAAGGGGGCCCCUGGCCUGGAGCUCAACUAUGGCUCUGCUGACAGCCCCCGGACCAUCUGGUUUGAGCUGCCAAAAGCCCAGGAGCUGAAGGACACCAUCGCCUUCCUGAGGGACAGCAGCCUUGCCCCCAACUAGUGGCCAGCCUCACCCAAGAGGAAUGGGGGAGGGGAGGAGAUGAGGAAGGGGCCCCUCCCACAUCCCAGUCCGACUGGAAAGGUCUCCCUUGGUGCUGUCAGGCCAUUUUGGUUGGGACUUUCCCACUUGGCUGUUCUGGAACCUGCCACAGCACAGCGCUGCUGGCCACAGUGGAGGCCACGGGGCAGGAGCUGCUCCAGUGAUAUCAACUGAGAAGGGCAACACCAGGACUCCCCCCGGGGCGGGGGCUGGAGUGGGGGCUGCAGGAACGGGCUUGGGCAUCUGAUGCUGCCCAGGCUGGGCGAGGGGGAUAUCCAACCAGCCCCAGGCCCGCGCCCAACAUCAGCACGAACCACACAAGCCUGGGGAAAGCAAACAGUGAGAAAAUAAAACUCCCAAGAGAAAAAG